CAGGGUCAAGAUGCCAUGGUCCACGCUGAUACCUGGGUCCAGGCCGCCUCUCAGACUCACGCGGCCCCGCUCAGUUCUAGGGCUCUGGAGGCCACAGGCAUGAUGCUCCGGGUCCUGGUGGGCGCUGUGCUCCCUGCCCUGCUGCUGGCUGCGCCCCCACCCAUCAACAAGUUGGCGCUGUUCCCGGACAAGAGCGCCUGGUGCGAAGCCAAGAACAUCACCCAGAUCGUGGGCCACAGCGGCUGCGAGGCCAAGGCCAUCCAGAACAGGGCGUGCCUAGGACAGUGCUUCAGCUACAGCGUCCCCAACACCUUCCCGCAGUCCACAGAGUCCCUAGUGCACUGUGACUCCUGCAUGCCAGCCCAGACUAUGUGGGAGAUUGUGACCUUGGAGUGCCCUGGCCAGGAGGUGAUGCCCCGGGUGGACAAGCUGGUGGAGAAGAUCCUGCACUGCAGCUGCCAGGCCUGCGGCAAGGAGCCCAGCCACGAGGGGCUGAAUGUCUAUGUGCAGGCCGAGGAUGGACCAGGCUCGCAGCCGGGCGCCCACCCCCACUCCCACCCUCACCCCCACCCUGGUGGGCAGAGCCCUGAGCCCCAGGAGACUCCCGGGGCUCCCCAUGUUGAAGAAGAGGGGGCUGAGGACUGAGGCCCCCACUCUUCUCCUCCUCUCCACGGCCCCCCUGGAAUGCUGGGUCUCACCCUCUGGGGCAGAGUGAGGGGAGAGGCGGAAGAUCCCCUGGCACUGGAUGAACUCGGAUUCAGACUUGGACUUGGAAUGCUGUCUGGUUGCCGUGGAGACCUCCCGGGGAGGGGUUGGAGCCAAGCGUCACAAUUUAAUAUAUUGGAGAGUGGGGGGAGGAGGUAGAAGUCUUCAGGGCUCUUUUUGGAAGGGGGGAGGUCUUUCCUUUCUGCCUCAUAGAGGUGUGUCCUUGGGAGGGGGAGGAGGUCAACGAAGCUGCUGAGGCAUGGGGGAGGCCUUCCAAGACGGCAGGUGCAGGCCAAGGCCCGCCCAGCCCCUGCUGGGGCAGGAUCCCCAGGGGUGCGGCCAGAUGGUGCAGCCAGGGGCCCUGAGCUAAGGGUGGCACCAUGCCAGCAUCAGCCUGGCAGGAGGAGCAGGCGAGGAAGACCACUGUCAGAAGCCAGAGCUCCAGCCCCCAGAGGUUGCCCUACAGGCCUUCCCUGGGCACCCCAUCUCCAGACACGCAUCUACCCUGGGCACGAAGUGCCCCUCACCCAAUGGAGUGUUUUGGGAGUCAGGUCGGGCAGGACCCUGCUGACUCGGCACUAGGGCUAGGGCCAGGCCUUCUGGGCUUUGCUCUGGCUUUCUUGGCUUGCUUCAUGUUGGGGACAGUGGCCAGAAGCCUUCCUGGGGUCUGAGUUUGGGGUGAACCUCUCCCAGAAGAGGAUCCCUCCCUCAUGGACACUGCAGUGCGUCCUACUGCCCCUGCUUCAAGGUCCCUCAAAGAGCUUCCAGGGCCAGGGGAAGGUCUUGCUAAAUGUCUGGGGCUGAUGGGGUAGUCUCCCUACAAGAGGGUCCAAGCAGGACCAGAGUGGAUGCUGGCUGAGCCUCUAGGAACUUCGGGGCAGGGUGGCCCCUGUGGGUGACCCGUGGUGACCUCAGCUCUUUAGCUCCUCAAUCCUGCUCCCUACCCAGCUGCACUUUAAACCUAGAGGGGUGUGGGACCCGGGCCAGGGUGGGUGGGCAGGUGGUGAAGCUCCUCCUGUCCCCAAACUGCCCACACUGCUCUUGUAUGUGUGCCCAGGACGAUGGCGGCCCCCACCCCUACCCAGGGGUACCCAGCCCCUUGGCGCUUCCCAUGGACAAGAGCUUCUGUAGAGCUUGUAACCAGUAGAUGCCCCUGAAGGAUCCCGAGUCUUCUCACGAAUAAAUGCCUUCAAAGCCGG